CAGGGCCCGGGUUGGAGCGCGGGGAACGGGCGGCCAAGGCUCCGCGGGCUGGGCGUCCCGAGAGCGCGGGGCGAGUGGUUCCAGCAGGUGCGCGUGGCGGCGCAGCAUCUCGGCCCGCGGGCCGCGCAGGCGGGGUGCCGGCCCGCCGCCCCACGUCUCCGGGCGUCCCGCUCCUGCUCCCGGGCUCUCUGGGUGCCUACGGGUCUCAGACGCAGGGGUGGGCGUUUGGGCGUCGCCGAAAGCUUUCCGGAGGCCGGCACCCAGGCGCAUCAAGUGGGGUUCUCAAGAGCGACUGGACGCCUCCCCCGCCCUCACUCCCCCAGCAGGAGCAUGGACGCCUUCGCCUACUACACGCUGCCGGCCGGCACCGCGCUCGCCAGCUUCUGCACCUUCCAGCUGCUGUUCCACGUCCUGAGCUCCUGGUUUUCAGCAAAAGUGUCUCCAGGUUUCAACAACCUCAGCUUCGAAAAGAAGAUUGAGUGGAACUCAAGGGUGGUGUCUACGUGCCAUUCCCUGCUGGUUGGGAUCUUAGGUCUGUACAUUGUCUUUUUCGAUGAGGUGGUCAUCGCGGACCCGCUUUGGGGCCACUCAUCGCUCGCGCAGAUGAAUAUCGCCGUUACCUCGGGCUACCUCGUUUCCGAUCUGCUGGCUCUCUUUUUGUAUUGGAGAGUGAUCGGUGACAAAUACUUCGUCAUUCACCACUGCACGUCACUGUACGCCUUCUUCAUCAUCAUGGUGGUUCCUGGAAACCCUGAAGUACCCCAAGUUCUCCGUGGCCAACGUGGUCAACGGCGUGCUCAUGAUGGUCGUGUUCUUCCUCGCGCGGGUGGCCGUCAUCCCGCCGUUCUACGCCUUCAUGUGCUCGGUGUUCGGCACCGAGGCCUACGUGCGCCUCGGGCUGACCACGCAGUGCUCCUGGCUCGUCACCUGCGUCGUGCUGGACGUGAUGAACAUCAUGUGGAUGGUCAGAAUCUCCAGGGGCUGCCUCAAGGUCCUCUCGCUCUUCAAGCGCGAGAAGGCCAGCCGCAGGCUGCAGAACGGGAAGCUGGACUGAGGCCCGCGGAGCGGCCGCCCUCUGCGCCGCCCACGCUCGGCGCCUGGCACCUGCCCGUGCCAUCCAGGGCCUCCGCGUCUCUGUCCGGUCUUACUUUUAGGAAAGGGAAACUAAAACUCUGUUUUUUAUCCCAAGGUUUCUUUUCCGAUUCUCUUCUGCAUUAUAAGCAUGGACAAAAUCUUCAAGGUUUAAAUAAAAAGGUACAAGUCAGCCCUCCCACCAGCACCAGCGUCUUCCUCCGGGAGUCGGUGGCUGUGCCCGGUGGUGGCCCUGGGUCCCGUUGCCGAGGUGCGGGGAGCGCCGGCCCCACUCUGCAGUCCCCGACCGGGCGCCAGCGUCCUGCCUGAGUGCACGUGCUCCUUGCCCACGAUGGCUGCACAGGGUCUAAUUUCUAAAUUGCUGGAAUGUUCUUUUUCUGAGGCUGUUACAGCGAUGCGCUUUUCCUGUAGAUAUGCUGUCAUCUAUUAAAGGUGAAACCUUUUAUUUACUUGGGCACAUUUAAUGAGCUCAGUCAUGGAAAGUGCUUCCUACAUUUUUAGGUUCUUCAGACCUCACUUUAUUAUUUCUGUGUUUUGCAUUUUAUCAAAUUACUGCCUUUUUAUUUCACAGCGAGAAGUCAGACGGCGGAGAGCUCCCUCACAGGUGACCCCUCCUCCUGAAGCGAGGCCUGGGGGGACCAGCGGGGGCGGAGGGGCUUCACCACUGCCUCUCGGCUGGCUCCCCUGGUGGCUUUUCUGUGAAAAAUACAUUCUUUCUGUUCGUGAAACACGCCCUGAGUUCAGAACCCAGCAUCCUCAGUACCAAAGUCUUAGGUAACACGUGUGUGUCCCGCUCCUAAGGCGGGCCUUGUUCUGAUGAGACCAACGGCACAGAAAACAUCAGCAUUCAUAUUUCAGGGUUGACCCCCAUGGUUGCUUUAGCCAGCACUUCCAGGGCUUGAAAUUUCUGUCUUUCCUGAAGGACAGGAAAAAACAAGAUGGUUUAACCUAAGCGUCCUGAUCACCGAGAUUGUCUUACGUGAUGAUCAGUGGCCGGUGGCUCUGGUGUCUUUGUUCUUGUUUGUUUUCGCUUCGGUCCUGCCAACGCAGAUAGAGAAUGACGGUUAGCUGUUGUUGCCUUUCUUUUUCUCAAGGACUUGACCUCAAUGAUUGUUCUCACCGAAGAAAAACAGAAAUUUAAUUUGACUGGCGGCGAAUGCUUGAAUUUAAUUGAACUCAAACCAAAAGAGGCGCCCCCUCCUUGAGUGUGCCCGUUUCCCGCACUCACGCGAGGAGAGUGGGGGGAGGCCGGCGGGCACGUCAAGGCUCUGGGUGUGGCGGGGCUUGACCAGGGCCAGACGCCGGUGCGGAGCAAGCCCAGGAGGGCUUUCAGCCGGCCCCCGAAGCUCAGUCAGCCGCCCAGUGAUAAAACGAGAUCGAUGGGCGUCUCCUAGGUCCACUUAUUUUUGGAAGACUUAAUUAAAGUAAUGUAAAAAUAGAGGUGCUGGUCUCUGCCGCUGCCAACACAGCUCGGAUCGUUUGUUCCGCACCUGGCGUCUUCCGCGUGGCGGGUGUGCCCGGUAGGCGUGGGCUGGCAUGGGCUGGCAUGUCGAGGGAGCGCCAGGCAGCGGCUGUGUCUUCUCCUCCUCCUGCCCUUUUUGCAAGAAAGCUGGCUUUUAAAAAGGAAAACCUGUAUAUUAGAAAACUAUUUUGGAAAUUAGGCCCUUACGAAAGACAGCAGGCUUGAGGGAAACAUCUUGGACUGUGAACACAGAGUUAGUUCCUGAACACAGGCGCUCAGCCCGCCGUCCCAGUGGAGUGGAGCGGGUUCCCAGGCCGCGGCUCUUUCCUGCUGAAAACGUCACGUUCGCCCUCCCGGCAGUGCCUCUGAUCCAAGCGACCGCUCUUCAAACCAGGGCAGUGAAGGUACGGGUGUCCCGCACUCCCGUGUGCGGGCCCCUAGUCAGCCAGUGCAGUCAGGCCGGCUUCGCAAGAGCCGAUCCAGCGGCCAGACCCCACGUCCAACGCGGCUCCUGAGUUUCCCCCAGACCACAGCCCUGGCGCGGGAAAGGCAGCCUCCCGGCUGCUGUGCUGUUGCGGGGCAGAGCUCCCCAGGAGCAGCGUUCUGCUGCCCUGUGACCGUGCGCACCCGCUGCCUCGGAUGCAAGUUGUUAAAAGCGGGGCACCUCACUUACCAAACAAUGAAUUUUUCACGUAUUAAGCAACAAAACCUUUUGCAUAUGAAGUAUGUUGACUGUGGGUUCAUUUCAAUGAGUCUAUUUGGCAUUCUGAUUUUAACAACUCUGUUAAAAUAUUUAUAGAAAAUAAAAGCAAAUUGGUAUACAUUUUUUAGCAACUCUAUUUUUGGAGAAAAAAGAUUAGUCACACCCUGUAACUAUAAAGAUGCUCUUUGAAUGUGUAGUUGGGUAGAAAAUAAAAAUUCUUACAAAAUGUUGAAAAUGAAUGAAAAUCAACUAAAUAGCACGCACCACCAUAGCGUCUGUGUUAGAUACUUUAUUUUGUACGGGGGAAUUUAGAAAUUUAUGAGCCCAAGUGUCUAGAGUUUGCAUUCUUGUGUCUAAAAUCUUUUUUAAUAAGUAUUGUUUACAUUGAAAACUCGGAGUGGAGUCAUCUACCAGCGCAAAGACACAACUCCUUCCGUGUGUCUUGGUACCUCACAGCAGGUAGAAAUGCGAUGUCCGCGGCUCCCGUUCGACGUUGCUUUCUCACAGGCUGGCCCCGGAGAAUGCGCGCUCCCGGGGGUGACGCGUCAGCGGGGGGGUCGGCCGGUGUUCGUCGCCGUGUGUUCGGAAGCAGCCUUCUCGUGGAGACAUACCGGGGAAGGGUGUGUUGUAAUAGUCACGUUUGUCGUUCCAUUUCUAAGGGAAACACACACGUCCCAAAAGCCACGGUGACGAUAAAUGCUCGCCCAAGUGUCCGUUCCUGGGCUCCUCUCAACCCCAAGUAGGUUAACGUCCAUUUGCGUGGCUGGAAGCGGCCACGUCUGUGGGAAGUCGCUGGAAAGGCCGUGCGGUUGUGGACGUCCUGGGCUAUACUUCGCGGGAGGCCGCGCGUUGAUGUGUUUUGGAUCCCGUGGGGGCGCUCGUGUGGCUUAUCAGGACGGGGGCGCAUGUGCCCGGACAGGUCCCGGCCAGCAGGGCAGGGACGCCCCGGCCUCCAAGAGCCGGGGGCCCGGGGCCCACCGACCUUCCCAGCCUUCACCACCCCGGCCGGCGACAGACACG